AUGAGGUUUCCACCGAGACAUCUUCGUCGUUUUCAUUUGUUCUGUGCAUUAGAUACGUGUAAAAAGUGUUGGAGUGAAGAUGUCUAUAGUCGAUUUGCUGACCUCGGUCUUGUUAAAGAUUACGAUCUAGAGCCUAUGUCUACUGGAAGAUGGUUUGUUGUCUAUGAGCUAAUUCUGGGUAACGGCAUGAUGUGUCAACGUUGUAUACAACCAAAUUUACAAUUGUCUGGUAGUGUGGAAAUGGAUGGUUCUAGAUUUUUGCGUGAUCGAAUCUACACUCAACAUGGUCCUAUUCCACCAAUAGAGAGAUUUAGAAAGUCUAAUGACCAACAAAAUCCAAAUCAAAUAUUGAAUGCUUAG